AUGAGAGCCGUCCAGUACUGUCCACUGCUGCUGCUUUCCUUUAUUCUGCUGGCAACCAACUGUGAAGCUCUGCAAUGUUACACCUGUAUGGGCUCAAACAACGAAGACUGCAACCGUCAAGGAACCAAAACCUGUCCCAGCUACUCUGACGCCUGCGCGGUGGUGGUUGGCCAUAACAGUGGGGUGAUGAAGUCCUGCUCCUACAGGUCUUUCUGCAGUCAAGCCAGCAGUCAGGGUGUCCGAGUUCAAUGCUGCUACAGUGACAACUGCAACGUGUCGGGCGCCAACAGCCUGCCAGGACUCAAUUAUCUGCUGCUGCUCCUGCCUCUUUUGUUCCGCUGCUUCUUCUAG